AAGGUUUUCUAUUCCAUACUUGCUGAUGUGGGGGGGGGGGGUUUGAUGCUACGUUGGAGGUAAUGAAAAGGUGCACUUAAAUUGUGACCUUUGUCCUCAACGUGCCUCUGCUUCUCCUCAUGUGACAACAGGACAAAGCGCAUGCACACAUCCGACUCAACACCGUUACAUAGUCACACACACACGCGUCCUGGUUUUGCAAUAAUUGAACUUGGCCGUGGUCACCGUAGAACAGAAUGAAAUAGAAAUUGAGCAAGCGUCGCUUAGCGUGCUGGCUCGCUUCCAAGCCUUUGUGACCCUCUUGGAAAAGAUUAACAGCCUGCUGGUGAGUCAGCAAAAAAAAAAAAAAAAAGGAGGAAGCGGGGAAGCGAUUCUAGACUAGAGAACUGCUUCCAGGAUGGCAUCGGUGGACGCGGUUCCCUCGUGUAUUUAUUGAUGAUGUGACCGCAGACGCAAGCAGGAUGGAUUCUCAAGUGCUUCGGGCAUUCUGUUGAUCUACUCAUAUUCAGCCAAAUGCUUCAGAACUCAAUUGAACGGCCAGCGCUCCACAGUGCAGAUGGACAAUGACUUGAAGCACACUGUGAAAGCACCCGAAGAUUUGAUUGAUUGAUUGAAGGCAAAUAGGUGUCAUUUUGUGCAGUGGCCAAGUCCAUCACCAACCUCGAAUCCAACUGAGUAUGCAUUUAAGUCUGCUGUUACAGCCCAUCUUUUUAUUUAGACAAACCACCAAAAUCACCUUGCUAACAAUGACCACUAGCUCGAGGUUGAGCCGUCCUGUAUUCAUUUACUGAUUAAAAGAGUGGAAAUUACACAAGUGUACUCAAGGAAAAUUGAAUUGACUGUAUUUUACUUAUGCUUGUUCAUGUUUGAGCACCAAUAACCGGCAGUACGUUUUAAUUGGAAAUGUUUUUUUUUUUUAAUGACCAUACAGACAUAAAAGGGAGAAGUAGGUCAAACCCCAGUGAACAAGUGUCCAGGGAAGAAAAGAAUACGAGAGAAAAAAUGAGCAAGUUCACGGAGGCUCAGAUCGCUUUUUGGCGAAAGAGGAAAUACGCGGGCGAGGAGACUCCUUAUAUGGUAAUCGCUCGACUGCUUCCGGUCUUGUCCCCUUCCUGCUGCUCUGACUCAUCCGUCCCUUUAAAAUGUGGCGUUCAGGAAACUUACGUAAAUCUCGUAAUACCAUCCGGUUCAUUUCGUUUGAGAAUUUCUGCCACCACCAAGCAUUUUAAAUGUAUUUACACGAAUACAUUUUUUUUAUGUGUGUGAUAUCGUUUUGUGUCAUUGCCAGAGAGAAAAUGUAAUUUUGACGUGCGAACUUUUUAAACUGCUGUAGUUUUGAAUGAUAUUUCUUCAAAAAGCGUAUUUGCGGUGCUGUUUAAUUUCACGCCGAGGACAUUGAUUCCAAACAUUGCGCUUGAAGACGUCGCAAUUGAUCGUGAAGAAAAACGGGACUCGUCCGACAACCUUUGGUGGCUCACGUGUGCAGCCACCCGAGCCCUUGUGCUUGCGUUCUCUGAGCGGCACCCGAACGCGCCGCGGCCGCCGCACAUUCGCUGCCCCGUGAGUGGCGGAGGCGGACGGUUGAACGGCGGCCGAAUGGACCAACCGCAGCCGGCCUGGGAGCCCUGGUCCCGCCCAUUCGUUCGACUCCCCCCUUCCUCCCUCUAAGCGGACCGAACAUUCCUCAUCUUCUCUCUCGGGGCUCGACGGCGACGUCACGUGGCCGGACAAAGCGGACUUUACGGCAGAAUCGGUCCGCUCAUGACGCCGGUCGAGGACACGUAAGGUCCAUGUUGGGUCGUGGCGUGAAGCGGAAGCGGAAGCAGGCGUCGGAGGCGGCCGGCGAGGAAACGCAGCGGCACGGCGAUGGCGAGGUCGGCACCGCAGAGGCGACAUCGGGCGGCGCCGGCGACAUCGGCGACAUGCGUCAGCGCUUGCUGGGCCUCAGCCUGGAGAAGCUGCAUCGCUACCAGGCCGGCGUGGAGCUCAGCCUGCGGCGCUCGGUGCUGCUUAUCAACACGCUGCGGCAGAUCCAGGACGACAUGCGGAACGGCAUCGAGGGCGACGCGAAUGCGGUCCUCGGCGCUCCGGACUCGCCUCUCCUGCACGAGGACCUCACGUGUCCCGGGUGCGCGGAGGGCGGCAGAGAAAGUCCGUCCUCAUCGCCGGAAUCCUCCUCGGAGGAAGUGAACGUGGGGUCCUUUAGCGAUGCGGUGAACGCCAUGGGCUACCUCGGCGACUUGGCAAUGGAUGAUAUCUUCGAGGACAUCGAUACGUCCAUGUACGAGACCUCCGACGUGUCCUCCGGCUGGACGGCGGGCUCUCUGUGGCCCGUCAGCGUGUCCCUCUGGGCGGACGAGGAUGGCAAAGGCACCGCCGGGGGUCUCCAGUCUUGUCUGAUGGACCUGAAUGAGCUGGACCACAUUAUGGAGAUCUUGGUCAAGUCCUGAUCCACCAAAAGUACAGUGAAGUCCCCGCGUCAUCGCUGUACUCGUCCGACGCCCGGCCGAGGGCGGAGGUGGAGGGAAUGACUUCACCCCAAGGAUGCAUCAGGUGCCGUUUUGUGUCCGAUGACAGGCUCGUUUUUUGCAAGUCCAGAAUCCUCAAGACCCUCUGCAGAUGAAACGCUAGCUCCUUUCACGCCGCCCGUGCGAGCCAACUUUUAUUGGGUUGCCGUCCGGCGCGGGGGGGACGUGUGGGAUCCGUGGCAGCGUCAGAUGCACUGACAUCAUCUCCGAUCUGAAUAUGAUUGCGGAAAUCCGCAUUGCCGGGUCCAGUUUUCGAGGCACAGUGAUUUGCCAUCGACGUCAUCUAAGGGGGAUUCCGCAAAGCCCGGCCCAACCUCGCCUUGAAAGCAGCCAUCGCCGUCCAACAACUCGAUGAUGAUGUUAUUCUGUUGCGGAGGGACGCAGCGUAAGCGUUGAAGGCACGGGCGAAUCAAUUCUGUAACGGAGGCGGGAACCAUGGCUACGUGCAAGGCCCUGUUAGGUUUCAGGAAAUCGGCACUGUCCAACACCGGGCGCUGACGUCAUCUCAAGUCAUCGGGUUCUGUGCGAACGAAUGCCGUUACGCUUCCGAGUCAGCGAUGAGGCGGUGGGGACAGCGCGACAGGUGGUCGUGUCGUUUCGGGACAGGUCAACAUCGGGAGAAGCUGAGCCGUCUCAACCCGUGGCCGAGUCUUUCGUAUCGCUGAACGUCGCAAGCAACUCCGCACUUUUUUGUCCCUCUGCCCAACGGAGGAGGAAACCCGAGUCGAGCGAGGUGAUGAUUAACGGAGAUGCUUCGCCGGCCCGGCAGGAGGGCAAGGACCCGACUUUGGAGACCGAUUUCGGACUCUGGCGGCUCCCGGGGGGCAUAUAGCGAGCGUAAUCCAAAAUGGAUUCAACCCCGGCCAUCCAACCACAAGCCUCUUUGGUUCAUUCUCUUUCCCUCCGGUUUUGUUGAUGCUCGAAAAGCGACCAAGCGCUUCUGCUAUGCAGCUGAUUGUUUCUCACGAGCGUAACUGGUGAGUCGGCUCUUUUUCCGAAAAGAAAAAAAAUCUGGGUGGAGAAGUGACGACCGCCACUCGGGCUUCCUCGCGUCCCCCGAUUGUAUUCUUAUGGCACUUUUUUGUUUUGUUUUUUUUACAGCUGAGGUUUUAUGCAAGCCGUUUUAUACGUGAAAACCUUUGCCGGUGUGUUUUACUCCUGUUCUACCUCCUAACGUUGACACUCCUUGUGAACCAAUCGUUCAAAAUUUUAGCUGUCCCACGAGGAGGCCGGAUCUCGCCAGUCUCAUUCCAACUCACGUGCCUUACCGCUUUGUACGUCUCAAGCCGUGUCCACACAUUCAUCCCAAAACAUCUUCUUCCCACACCAGAAUCCAUUUGUCGACUUUCGGAUACAUUUCAACCAAUCAGAAGGCCAGUAGUCCACCACGCUUGCAAUUUGAAUCGGGGCGGCAUGGCUCAACGGUAGAGUGGUUGUUUCCCAAGCCGGCGGUGGGGAAAUCGAUGCUCGGCCAUUGGCAACGAUGUCAAAGUGUGCUUGGGGCAAAAUACCGAAGCCCCGGCCGGUUGCUCCUGGUGCUGCGUCAGCAGUCGAGUUUUGGAGUUCCUAUUCUACGGCGAUGGCAUAACCCAAAUUAGACCGUUGGACAGAAUGUGGUUAUAAUUACAGGAAAGGUUAUUCAGCAAUCAAAAAAAAAACAACCAAAAACCCAACCCCCCGCCCCCUUUGACAAUAUCUGCAUUCAUGUGGACAUGGCCUGAGGCUGGCUGAGCGUCACAGACUCAAGCACACAAUCCCGCCCCGCCACCACCACCGCGGCGGCCCUUCUUCUGUGCUCUGGCUUCAUGUUUCCUGACAGGCUGACAAGCAAGUAGCCAAGGGAGGGGCUGGCAGGCGGGGCGGGGAGGGGGAGAGGAGGAGGAGGAGGAAGGGGGGAGGGAGGGUUGCGGUGGGGUGAGGAAGCACCAUUUGCGUCAUUUGUCCAUUGGGAGGAGCUUCCGCCUUGUUUUGUCCAAGCCUCGAGCAGCUCCGCCAAUCCUGUGAGAUGUACGCUCCGGUGACUUUGUUUUCUGGUUUUUCAGCCUCUCUCUCUUCAGUGUCGAAAAACAGAGCUUGAGGAGGCUGACCAAUGAAAUAUUGUAUUUAAUUUAAUUUAAUAGAAAGCGCAAUGUUAUUUAUGUGUGUGAGCGCGUGUGUGUUGAGGGUUAUAUAAGCACAAAAGCCGUGUGUUGUCGAGAGCGAUCUUUAUAUAUAUUUCAAUGUAACCGAUGGAUGCAUUUGCUGGUAUUAAUUCAUAUUAAUAAUGAUGCAUUUUGGGGCAAUAUUUUAGAGAUUUUAUUCACCAAUACAGAAACUACAAAAAUGACAA